AUGUGCCACGAAACAACGGAUUGGGUCGAAACCUUACCAACCGUCCUUCUCGGUUUAAGAACGAGCGUAAAGGAAGAUAUCAAAAUGUCCGCAGCUGAGUUGGUCUACGGAACGACGUUACGCCUACCUGGAGAGUUUCUCGUCGAUUACGAGGGCAACGACGAUCAUCAAAUCUACGCACAACGACUGAGAAUUUUCAUGCGCAAUAUUCGACCGGUACCAGCAGUUCAUCAUAGUAGACGAAAGCCUUUCCUUCAUAAAAGUCUCUACGACUGCACCCACGUUUUCGUUAAAAACAAUGCAAGAAAAUCUCUGGAACAACCAUUUGAGGGGCCAUACGAAGUCAUCAAACGAGUCUCCGACAUCGUAUUCAAAGUCGCAGUCAACGGUCAACCUACAACGAUUUCCACGGAAAGAUUGAAACCCGUAUUUUUCGAAGCCAUUACUCUUCCCGAUACUUUUCCUGUUCUACCUACCAGUUUUCAUCCCGUAACACCGACUCCCCCUACACCUGUCGUCUCAACACCUGUGGUAUCGCCACCCACUACAACGAGAAUUCAAAUUCCCGCUACUCCUCCAGUGCUUACACCUCGCCCCGAUUUACCUCCACGUACCUAUUCUGGCCCCAAAAAGAAAAAGGUCACUUUUACUAUCGCAACCUAG